AUGAACAAUUCUCGGGAUGGUGAUGACGACGUCAUUGAUAGUGAUGAGGAAGGACAACGUGCAGCGGAUGUGAAGGGUAGACUUGAUAGUUAUGUUGGUAUCAAAGUGAAGGUUUGUUUUAGUGGUCAAGGGGAGACCCAAUCAAUGAAGCAAUUAUCCGGGGACCAAAAACCUGUUGUUGCACGUGCACUGAUCUUUGCAAUACAACGUUGUGAUCCUGCCCCUUUUUAUCUCUUUGAUGAGAUAGCUGCUGCCUUGGAUACUCAAUACAGGACAGCUGUUGGAAGUAUCCUCUGUUACUGCAUCAUUCAAACAUUUCCUUCUGUGGAUUAUGCUUUAAUUUCAAAUCAGUUCCUUAUGAUUUAA